CAAACACUGGAAGGGAGGAAGAGCGUGAUGAAGCUUUCACACCGAAUGGUUAAGAUGUUUUGUGAAACUUUAGCCCUAGAAAGUAAAUUGAACUUUCAAAGUUUAAUUGAAGAGAGUGUUGGAGGAAUAAGCAUAUCUAUUGAUACAAGUACUGGUAAAGGAAAACCAAAUGGCACUGUUGUUUGUGCUACUUCCACACUUCUCAUUCCUCUACAAGCUGAUAAAGUUUUUGAGUUCCUCACUGAUCAUACCGAAAGAUUUAAGUGGGAUGUACUUUCGUACGAAAAUCCAGUUCAAGAGAUUGCGCAUAUGUCUAAUGGACAUCCAGGAAAUUUCAUUUCUAUUAUUAAGCCUUCGAUCCCGGGCAUUGACAACCAGAUUGUGAUUCUUCAAGAAAGCUUCAAAUCAGUUGUGGGAUCAUAUGUUGUAUUUACUCCAACUGAUGAUGCAUCUUUACAAGUUGCCAUUAAGGGUGAAGACACAAGAGGAAUGCAUAUUCUCUCUUCUGGUUUUGUUGUGUGCUCAAGUGAAAAAGAAGAUGAAAACUCCAAAGUUGGUUCUUUGUUGACUCUAGCUUACCAAAUUUUGGCUUCUACUUCAAAUGAAGGUAUGAUGUUGAGCACACAAGCUGUAUCAAAUGUCAACAACCUUUUGACUACUACCCUUGUUAAAGUGAGAGAUGCACUUAUGAUGAUGUAACAAUUCAAUGCAACUCUUAUUAAUGUUUUAUCACUUAUUGUUUAAGAAUAAUAUUUUUCAAGUGAUUUAGGGAAUAACAUUGUCUCCUUAAUGCUCACAUUAGCCAAUUGAAUAAUUAUUAUCAUGUUGUUUGUCUA